CUCGCCCCAUCCCCACAACUCCUUGAAAUUUGUAGCAGAUUCAGUGAAACAUCAAAACAUGGCGAUCGCAAAAGUGGGGAGGAUCAAACUGGGUUCUCAGGGACUGGAAGUAUCAGCUCAAGGCCUGGGUUGCAUGGGCAUGUCAGCUUUCUACGGUCCCCCGAAGCCCGAAUCCGACAUGAUCUCGCUCAUCCAUCACGCCGUCGAUUCUGGGAUUACCCUUCUCGACACCUCCGAUGUUUACGGCCCUCACACGAACGAAAUCCUCCUCGGGAAAGCGUUGAAAGACGGUGUUCGAGAAAGGGUCGAGUUGGCUACCAAGUUUGGUAUAGAGUAUGCCGAUGGCAAAAGGAAUAUCCGUGGUGAUCCUGCAUAUGUUAGAGUUGCUUGCGAAGGUAGCCUGAAACGUCUUGGUGUUAGUUGCGUUGAUCUGUAUUAUCAGCAUCGGAUUGAUACCAAGAUUCCCAUUGAAAUCACGAUUGGAGAACUUAAGAAACUAGUUGAAGAAGGUAAAGUUAAGUACAUAGGUUUGUCUGAGGCGUCGGCUUCGACGAUUAGGAGGGCGCAUGCGGUGCAUCCUAUAAGUGCUGUUCAGCUAGAGUGGUCUUUGUGGUCCAGAGAUGUCGAGGCUGACAUUAUUCCAACUUGCAGAGAACUUGGUAUUGGGAUUGUUGCUUACAGUCCCCUUGGGAGAGGCUUCUUUUCAUUAGGGUCUAAAAUUGUUGAAACCUUGUCCGAUAAUGAUUACAGGAAGGUUCUACCAAGGUUCCAGCCUGAAAACAUGGAGCAUAACCAACGCCUUUACGAACGAGUUAAUGAGAUAGCAGCAAAGAAAGGGUGCACCCCAUCGCAACUUGCAUUGGCUUGGGUUCAUCACCAAGGGAAUGAUGUCUGCCCCAUUCCUGGAACCACCAAGAUCGAAAACUUCAACCAGAACGUCGGAGCUCUGUCCGUAAAGCUAACACCCGAAGAGAUGUCCGAGCUCGAAUCCAUGGCUGUGGCAGAUUCCGUGAAAGGAGAUAGAUAUGGCGGCGUCCUUGUUACUCACGAAGAUUCCGAAACUCCUCCAUUGUCUUCAUGGAAACCCUGAAUGAGUACUUAAUGCAACUUCCAUAUUUGAUGAAAUCUUCAUCAUGAGGUAUGGUCUUAACUCUUAAACUUAAUGUAUUGCCCUGGAUAUUUG